AUAAAAGCAGUCUCGGUGUAACUUCGCGUUUGGCUCUCGGACAGAUCGCACGUACCCACGCGCGACAUUCGAAUUUCAAUUGACAUUGUUUUUUAUCUGUGUUUGUGAUUCCAUCAACUGUGAUAAUCAAACAUGUGUGAGAAGCGUACCAGAAAGUUUAAAAAAGGUUCCAACAUAACCCGUCUGCGAGAAGCUCGGCGUCUGCAACGACUCCAAUGGCUUGCCACUCCAAUCAUACACGAGGAGGUAUCCCCGCCGAUUGUCACUCAGUCGACACCAGAGAAGGUCGCUCAGAACCGUCUAAUCUUAGACCUUGCAUGGAAGACUCUCGCUUUGAUGCACAAGAAUCGUCUCAUUCAAGAGAAAAUUGUCGCUCUGCAGAGAGAAACAUCCGAAUUUGUAUCCGCUAUCAUGAGCAACCCUGAAAAUAAGAAACGGUACUUAGAAUAUGUACGUCUGUACAACGCGGGACAGCUGCCUGACCUGAAGAAGGAGCUUGAGGCCAAAACCCGCGUGAAAACAAAACCGGAGUAAAUCCUACAUCCAUUUAAUGACGUGAUUGGCGAAUGGGUGAUUUUCUUUUAUUUGCAUGUGAUAUUAUUUUUCCUUCCUAAUGGAUCGCACUGUUUUAAGUAUUGUUUGAAUGAUUAAUUUAUAAUUAUUACUUAUUUAGAAAUAAUGAAGGUAACAUGUUACAAUCUCUGAAACUGUUUAUUUAUUGUAGUACUUAUUAACACAUACUUACCAAAUACUAAGUAUGUAAAAUGUACUUGUAGAAUAUAUUUUGUAGUUUUCUCAUAACCAGCAAUAAUGUUUAAAUGCAGUGUCUUAUUCAAAGAAGUUGUGGCUACUUUAAGAAUCUUUCUUGUUAUGAAUUAUAAUGAGGUUGUAAUGUAAGAGGCUGUUAGUGUUUAUAUAUCUUCGUACCCUUAAUUAUACAAUUAUUAAACUUAUUUCUUGAAUGUUCUUAGCUAUUAUAUAAUUAGAUGGAUAAAUUUAUAAAAUUUUAUCAACAUCUAAAUAAUUGUAACUAUUCAGUUUUAUUCUUUUAGUUCAAAAUUAUAAUAUUAUGAUAGAAAAGAUGUUGAUGCGAAAAAUUAUAUUGUCCUAAUUAUAUAGUCAGAAAUUGUAACAGGUUGAUGUAAUUUAGAGUGGUACGAAGUAAAACUCUUGAAAUACUCUUAGGUUAUAAAUAAAGAGGGAAAAUGCUUAUGUAGAAUGCCCUCUUUAAAAGUAUUGUUAUUUGUUUUUAUAUGAAAUUAGUUAUUACUUCUUAUAUGUAUAUUAAUUAUCUAAAUUUGGAAAUCGUAAAAAAAUUGUACAGCAAAUAUUUCCCUAUUUUUUUUAAUCUAAAUAAAUAUGUACUGAUAAUAAAAAAAAAAUAUAACCUCUUCAAAGUUCUGGAAUCAUGAAUUAUUUGCUCUUUACGUUGUUAAUGGUGGACUAUUAAAUUUUGAUAGCCGCUUGAAUAGACAAGAAAGUUCUCCUGGUAUAAAUUGCAUUUAAUAGUAUUUACUUAGUUCGAAAAGCACAGAUCUACCAAAUACUGUGUUCAUUUUAUUGCUUCUAUGUAGGUAGUUUUAUAAAUUAUCACAAAGUUUAAUUUUAAGUAUAAAAGUUGUCAUAAAGACACGUUUAGCGCGAAGCGUCAUUAUUUAAGUACAAAUGCUACUUCAAUUUUUUUUCGAAGUGAAGCUCGAUCUAGAGUCAAAUGUUUUUCCUUGAAUUGUAAAGACUGCAAAAUUUCCUUUAACGUAUAAAGUACUUAUAUAAUUUUUGAAUUUGAUCAUCCCAUGAAAAGUAUUAUAAAUUAUGAAUGUAAAUAUUAAAGCACAACGCUUGAUAUUUAAAGGAAUACAGACCGUUUUUGUAGAUAUUCAAAAGGUUUAAAAUUGGCUACCUUCUGCGUAUGUAAACGACUCAACAAAUAAUGUUCGUUACUUGUGUAUUUUAAUACGCCAAGAAAAUUAUUUUAAAACCUAUGUAGUGUCUAAUUAAACUGGUUCUUUAUCUUAGAACGUCUCUCAAUAUGCAUGGCUGCGAAAAGCCUGAAAGAAUAAUUUGUAAUGAUUGACUUAUUUGCAUUAUUUAUCUGUGUGCGUGUGUACUACACCUAAGGCACCAAUGUACUAUACCCACUUCAAAGAUCUGUUUACGCUUAUAAUGGUAACGCGUUAUACAUGUAUUACCUGUGUCUUUGCUUAUAGCUUACGAGAAAUUUUUGAAUAAACUAGUCUUGAAUGAUAA